UGGUCUAAUGUCAAAACUCAUAGUACUUAAAGGUAACCUCAAUUCAAAGUAUUUUAAUAUUUUUUCGGAAAAUAUUCAAUUAAAAGCAUUUCAACACAGUAAAACUAUUAUAAAAAUAUGAAUCUUAAUAUAUCUGGAGUCGCAAAAUAUGUGUGGAAAACUCAAAAUGUCGCUGGAUUCGGGUUCCAGCAAGUGCGUAACAAGUGGUCUAAUUGGCUUAUGAUCCGCGACGUGAAAAGGCGCCGUAUGAGUGCUGAAAACUAUCUUGAACGGACUCGGAUCAAUGCGAUGAGGAAAAAUGACGUCUUGCCCGUGGAGAUCAGAGAACUGGCUGAUAAAGACAUAAACAAGUUUGAAAUGAAUGCUAUCCCUCUCAGAAUUAACAACAGAUGUGUUAUCACUUCAAGACCUAGAGGCAUAGUGAAGGAAUGGAGAAUGAGUCGUAUAGUGUGGAGGCACCUGGCUGACUACAAUAAACUGUCCGGAGUACAGAGAGCUAUGUGGGGAUAGAUUAUUAUUGUGUAAUUAGCUAAUGUAUUGUAGACUGUAAUAAAUUGUUGCUUAUCUGUUAUUUUA